UUUUAAGAGGUCAACCUUAUACUUUAGCUAGUGAUAUAUAUAGUUUUUCUAUAAUUAUGUGGGAAUUAAUAUCUGGAGUUCCUCCAUUUGAUAAUGAAGCUCAUGAUUUUCAACUUAGUUUAGAUAUUUGUAAAGGUAAACGACCUAAAGAUAUUGAAAAUAUUCCACAAUGUUAUAAAAAUUUAAUGAAAAAUUGUUGGAAUGAAAAUCCAUUAAAAAGACCAACUACAUUCGAAAUUAAAAAUAUUAUUGAAACUGAUGAAGUAAUUCCAAGUUAUUGA